CGAUCGAUCCUGCUGGCUGGUGCGGGGCUUCUAUAGCUCAGUAGGUAGAGCGUGCGGCUGUUAAAUCUUCCCGGGCUCCGUCCCGGGUAUGCCACCGCAAGGUCGACGGUUCGAUCCCGUCUGGAAGCGCGCAACCUUUUUCUGCAUGCUGCCUGUCCGCGGACGCGCACUGGCGCGACAUGCAGGUAGCAGCGACACCAGCAUAGGGAGCAUCUCCACCUCUGGGAGCAGUAGCGGCACCUCUAGCAGCACCUCUAGCAGCAGCAGCAGCCUGGAUGACGACAUCCCGUGCGACGGCACCUCGCUGGUCAGCGCGCUCAUGAUGCAGCCCAACCUCACCACCUACCUGCGGGCACUCCGGGCUGGGGAGCUCAUGGGCCGUCUCAACGACGUGCAGGCGCCGCCCGUCACCCUGUUCGUGGCGGACGACUCUGCCUGGCAGGUGUUCGCGGCCGACGCGGGCACCAGCGUCGACGCGCUGCUAACGGAGGCCGGGGGCGCGCUGGUCCGCCACCUGCUGUUGUACGGCCUGGUGCCGACGCCGCUGUCGCCGCAGCAGCUGGCGGCCAGCCCCGUGCUCAACACCAGCUGGGCGGGGCAGAUGGUGUUCGUGCCGCAGCCCUUCAUGGGUGCGGUGUCGAGCUCAGCGGGUACAGAGGCGCGAAUCACAGGCCGCGUCAAGGUGUGUGAGUCCUACGCCUACCGAGUGGCAUACGUGCUCAUGCCCGCGCUGUCGCUGACGGCGCUGCCGGCCUUCUCCGAGGCCAGGGCCGCGCCGCCGCCACCGCCGCCGCCGCCCGCCUGCGCCAACGCCUCCAUCCCCGACCUACUGAGUGCCAACGGCAACCUCACGACCACGCUAGGGGCGCUGCAAGUCACGGGGCUGGAGGACCAGCUGUAUGCCCCCGGCGUGGCGCCCUACACGCUGUUUGCGCCCACCGACGCCGCUUGGGAGGAGGCGGCGGCGCAGCUGCAGCUGGCGCCCGGCAAGGACGUGCUGCAGCAGCUGAACCGCACCGUGCUUCGCUCCCUGCUCCUGGCGCACCUGCUGCCCGGCAACCUCCCCGGCGCCCAGCUGCGCUCCCAGAUCUACACCACAGCCGCCGGCACCGCCGCCAGCCCCAUCUUCCUCUCCACCGCCGGCCUGGAGGCGGCGCCGCCACCGCCUGCUGGCGGGCGCGGCAAUGAGCCGGACCCAGGCAUUGCGCUGCAGACACGCGACGCGGAUGCGGUUGUGGUGGUUGCUGACGUGGGCGCCGUGGGCUGCACUGCGUCAGUGCACGCCAUUGAUGCCGUGCUGCUGCCCGACGCGGCCACCCUAGCCACGCUUGUGGUGGCAGCAAAGCCAGGUGACCGGCAGCAGCAGGCCACGCGGAAGCUGUUGAUGGCGGCGGGUGUGUGAAGGAGCGGUGCUAUAGCUUCUGACUGAGCCCCAAGCUGAGCCCGUCGUCGAUUGCGUGUAGAGAGACACGGCAGUCAAGGCUGACGUCAGCAACAUGCACACAGGAACACACAGAGACUGUGUGUGUGAGUGUUGUAUGCGGUGCGUGCGUUUGUUUAGGAUGCCAAGCAAGUGAGGAGGUUGAGAGAGCAAGAGCCCUAGCGGCAGAAUGCUGCACUGCUUUGUGCCUGCGUGCCGGGACUGCCAGCCAGCCGACUGCACCAGGCAGGGAGGUCUGGUGCAAAGCGUACAAUGCGUCUGAUUAGCGAGGCC